GGCGGCCAGGGUCUGGCCAUUCCACACUUUUAGGUGGCCGGGGUGGAGUUAGUGUGGGUCUGGUCGCCAGAAGUCUGGUCCACAGCGCUUGGGCUUCGGGUCUUCCCGCCCUUCAGCUCGAGACCCCCCGGCUGCCUGGUCUGCGUGAGGGCCAAGUUUGCCUUUUAUUUUCUAAAAAAAUCCUAUCGCAAAUAAUUUAACCAAAUUGUUCCCCAACAGAUCCAGGCAGACCUACUCAGUUCCUGAUAAGGACAAAGGGACUUUUACAACUUCUUUGGCCCAGAUUUUUUCAAGAGAAGGAGAAAAUGAGUAAGAGGAAGAAGCUUCGGACUUCAGGAGGAGAAGGAGUCCGUCCUCCGAAGGCCCCAAAGAACCCAAGGCUAGGAGACUCUGAUGGACCCCCCCAGAGUUCUGAGUGGGACUCUUUGUGUCUCCCUGAAGAGUUGGAAGGCAGAUCAGGACCCAUUCCCUCUGCUGAGCAGAGGACAGAGGAACCAGUACAGACAGCCCCCAGCUCCCAUGAUGAGGAAGCAGGAGCUCCCUCCAGGCUCCUCAGGCAACCAGAAAAGGAACCAGUUCCCUCUCCUCUUUCCCAGAAUUCAGCCAGGAGGUUUGUACCCCAGUUUGCAAAACCCAGAAAGACAGUGACAAGACAAGCAGAGCUGAGGGAAGAGGACCUCAAGGAUGGAGCCCCUGCAAUCAGCCAGGAAAUGCCGCCAGAGCCCAGUGCCCAGCAGCCCGGAAGCCAGCUGCAGGAGGAGUCCCUAGGGCUUGCUCCCUGGGAAGCUGGGAAGCUGGGUGCCCAAACCCAGGUAGACAGCACCCACCAUGAGCACAGAGACCAAAAUCCCAUGACACCUGUGCCUGGCACUGGGAAUCCUCAUCCCUCAGCCUCCAUUGAUGCCUCUCCAGAAUGGGGGACACUGCCCUUGGCCUCUGAGAGGGCCAGCCAGGACCACCUUUCAGAGCAAGGAACCAACACACCAGAUGGUGAAAGCAGGGAGGGGUGUUGCAUUCUAGGCUAUCAUGGCCAGAAAGGGCUCCUGCUGCGCAGUGAUGCUGAAGAGGAGUCAGACCGAGGAGCACUUCAGGAAGCAGGUGCCCAAAGGCGAGCAGAGGCUGCCCUGCCUGAGAGGCAUCAGGAGGAAGGAGACAGUGUCCUAGAUCCCAUCACUCAGGGCCCAGAGCCCAGCUCUGCAGCCCACGGCCUCUCUGACCCCAUGCAGAUACCCAGAAAGGCUGGCAGGGAAGCAGAAGAGAGUUGUAGCAGCCCAAGACACUCCUCCCUUGAGACCGUUGCCAUCACAGAUGUGAGCGCAAACCCCACUGAGCUCGAACAGAGGGCUCCAGAGGUGGCCAGGCCAGACGAACAGGCCAACGCCAGGGCACCUACCUGUCCCAGUGGGAAGGCCCCUGAUGGAGGCUGCAGUGGGACCCUGCUCAGUUGCACACCUCUCACUGGGGAAACAAGAUGUGGAGGGGAGGCAGGGUGGGAAGACAAGCCCCCUGGCAACAUCUUGGGGGGCCCUGCAGCCUCCCUGGCUCUGGAUCACAGGAUAAGAGAGGCCACAAUAGGUGCUGGAGAUUCCGGUCUUCUAGCCUCGGAAAUGGGCGUAGGUGUUGAUCAGACAAAGGUGGCUGGCCUGGAUCGAGAGGGGCAGGGAGAUGUGUGUGUGCUGCCUUUGCUGUUGCAGCCCACAGGUAAAAAAGCCGCUGAGUUAGAUCACCAGAGCCCUGAACAAGACCUCAAGGGCUUCAGUCUGUCUCUUGGAGCCUUUGCUCUACCAGUGCACAGAGAAGCAGUGGAUGGCCCUUCCCAGGAGACCAGGGCCUUCCAGGGCAGCAUAGAUGCCUCCGUGGACCCCACAGGCUGGUCUGAGCCCCCUCCUGGCUCUGCAGACCAGGAUGUGUUGGGGAAGUCCCCAACCAUGGAACCUGACUUCCUGCCAGACAGCCAGAUACGGGAUGCCCUGGAAGCCCCUGACUUUGAAGCCUCACCUGCACAGACACUGCAGGAUGAGCAGGAGACGGUGCCACGUCUCAGCUGCCAGGAACAGAGCCAUCGGCCAACACAGUUCCCUAUAGGGAGCAGGCUGGACUCUUCUUGGCCUGGCACAAGCCCAGAUGCUGAUGGAGGCCUUCUCACGGAGCUCCAGCUGAGGACCCGCGUGGGGAUCAAGGCCUGUGAAGCCGCCAGGUUGGAGGAUGCAACAGACACCGUGCAGGGUCUUGUCGUUGAGCUCUCCAGCCUGAACCGACUGGUCAUGAGCACCCACCGGGACCUGGAGGCCUUCAAGCGCCUCAGCUACCGGAAGGCGAGGCUGGCAGGGAAAGCCCCGGCACCCUACACAUCCAAGGGGGCUGGGAAUCUCCCUCCAGGGGAGCGGUCCUGGAGGGAUUUGUAGAUUACUUCCAGACCACCUCAGGAGCGCCUGGUGUGCACACGUGCGCAAGCUCACAGCGCCUGUGCGUGUUUGCUCUGCGCUGGCCCCCAGAAGUGCUGCUGCCAAACAGCUGGGAACAAUCCCUCAGCAGACCCUGGAAACCCUACAGGACCCUGUGUGCCCCCCGGUUUAUCCUAUAAGAUGCUCCAGCAGGUCCUAGUGGGCCCCAGAAGCCUCCCCUCAGACAACCCGGAAGUCAGCUUCCCAUGGGAAACAUAAGAGGCCAGGCCCAUGUCAACAGCCUCCCUUGGGAGUCACUGAGGGACGGAACUUGAUCACCCCUGGGGCGAUAGCAAAGGCCACAGGCAGGAGGCUGGAGGCAGGCAGCAGGAGGCUGGCUGUGCCCCCCUCCCUCCAGAAGCCAGCUGCUUCUGAGCAGAGCCCAGAGCCACCCAGAUGUUUAUCUGGAUUUGCAAAUUUCGCUCUUUAGCUCAGGUUAUGGGAGGUUCAGAAUUUGUUUCUUUCCUGGCGGAGAAAAGGGCUCCCUUUGUUGGUGAUACCUUUGUUUUUCUCCAGAUUUCCAUUUUAUUUCUUCUGGUUAGACCAUUAAUAAAUGAUUCCCUAGUGUGGAUCUGUG